AUGAGUUUCUCGUUCCUGUUCUUCAAUAAGCAGAAUUUUCCAUUAUAUACAUUCGGAAAAUCUAUGGAGAAGAGAUUUAUCAUGAGAAAUCAUUCGGAAGAUGAAAUUAGUUUCCACAAAUCCAAAUGUCUUUGUCGAAUAAGAACGACAAAAUGUCUUUUCACAAAAAUUAUUUAUAACAAGAAGAAGAAGAAUUAA